AUGGUGUCCGCCAAGAUCCGUUUGGCCGUGGUCGCUGCGCUGUUCUUCCUAAUUGGCGCUCUCCUCCCGGUUUCUCAUGCGUCGGGGAGGAGGUACGUAGCUCCUGCUCCUGCUCCCGCUCCGGUUCCAGCUACUUCUUCGCCGCGGCGGCAGGCGCCGCGGCCGCGGCCGCCGCCGCCGCCGCCGUCGCCGCCGAGCCGGAUCCAACCGGUCGUCGUCGUCCAGGGCACGAUCUACUGCAAGUCCUGCAAGCUCAGCGGCUACAACCGCUACAUGGACGCUUCUCCUCUACCAAACGCGACGGCGGAGCUGGUGUGCUACGGCGCCGACAGGGUGCUGAACCUGACGAGCACGAGGACGGACAAGAACGGCUACUUCCUGGUGAUGGUGUACGACCUGGGCAUGUUCCAGCGGAGCCGGUGCAGGGUGUACCUGGGCUCGUCGCCGACGCCGCUGUGCGCCGCGCCGUUCAUCCCGUCGAACAAGUGGCUGGGGCUCACGCUGGAGAGGGAGAAGGUGGCGUCGCUGCCCCAGGGCGUGAAAGGCGUGUACCGGCCCAAGAGCACGCUCAUGUUCGGCCCCGGCAGCAGCGGCAGCUGCCCCGCUGCCGCCGUGCCGAUGAUGUGAUCGACGUGCCAUUGCAAAUUUGAUCAGUGUGUUAAUUAGUUUGGGACGAUCGAUGAUGCACGUUGGACGUAUUGAUUAGAGUCAAUAAUUAAUGAGUAGUUCGUGGCGUGUUAGUUUAAUUGGUUUCGGUUAAAUUAGGCUGUGGUCGGUCAGGUUGUUCGGUAGUGAUUCAGUUUGCUCGUCCAUGUAACUUUCAGUCAGUACGUACCUCCUUUGAUCGAGUUUAUUGAGUUUGGGUGUAUGCGAUACUGCUGUUGUUUCAGAUCAAAUCCGAUGUUGUUUUU